GGUGCUUACUSUUGGAAGGCAGCUGCUUGAGGUUCAAGGCAGUUAGUGUCCCUCUCUUCUGCCUCRGGACAGCUGGUUGUUUAUCAGACUCCUGAGAAGUCUUCCUUGCUCAUUGCUCACUGGUAAAGGAGAGAGAGAGAUUAUGCAGCGGGCUUUUGAUURAUUCAAUGGGAAUUACAUUGAUCUGGUGUCUGGCCUUGGUUCUUAUAAAGUGGAUCACUUCUAAGAGGCGUGGAGCUAUUUCUUAUGACAGUUCUGAUCAGACUGCACUGUACAUUCGUAUGCUAGGAGAUGUACGAGUAAGGAGCCGAGCAGGAUUUGAAUCAGAAAGAAGAGGUUCUCAUCCAUAUAUUGAUUUUCGUAUUUUUCACUCUCAAUCUGAAUUUGAAGUGUCUGUCUCUGCAAGGAAUAUUAGGCGGUUACUAAGUUUCCAGCGGUAUCUCAGAUCCUCACGCUUUUUCCGUGGUACUACUGCUUCCAGUUCUCUAAACAUUUUAGAUGAUGAUUAUAAUGGACAAGCCAAGUGUAUGCUGGAAAAAGUUGGAAAUUGGAAUUUUGAUAUCUUUCUAUUUGAUAGACUAACAAAUGGAAAUAGUCUAGUAAGUUUAACCUUUCAUUUAUUUAGUCUUCAUGGAUUAAUUGAGUACUUCCAUUUAGAUAUGAUGAAACUUCGUAGAUUUUUAGUUAUGAUUCAAGAAGAUUACCACAGUCAAAAUCCUUAUCAUAAUGCAGUCCAUGCUGCAGAUGUUACUCAGGCCAUGCACUGUUACUUAAAGGAACCUAAGCUUGCCAAUUCUGUAACUCCUUGGGACAUCUUGCUGAGCUUAAUUGCAGCUGCCACUCAUGAUCUGGAUCAUCCAGGUGUUAAUCAACCUUUCCUUAUUAAAACUAACCAUUACUUGGCAACUUUAUACAAGAAUACCUCAGUACUGGAAAAUCACCACUGGAGAUCUGCAGUGGGCUUAUUGAGAGAAUCCGGUUUAUUCUCACAUUUGCCAUUAGAAAGAAGGCAACAAAUGGAGACUCAGAUAGGUGCUUUGAUACUGGCCACAGAUAUCAGUCGUCAGAACGAGUACCUGUCAUUGUUUAGGUCCCAUUUGGAUAGAGGUGACUUGUGCCUAGAAGAUGCCAGACAUAGGCAUUUGGUUUUACAGAUGGCUUUGAAAUGUGCUGAUAUCUGUAACCCUUGUCGGACCUGGGAAUUAAGCAAACAAUGGAGUGAAAAAGUAACAGAAGAAUUCUUCCACCAAGGAGAUAUAGAAAAAAAGUAUCAUUUAAGUGUGAGUCCACUUUGUGAUCGUCAGACUGAAUCUAUUGCCAACAUCCAGAUUGGUUUUAUGACUUACCUAGUGGAACCGUUAUUUACAGAAUGGGCCAGGUUUUCAGACACAAGGCUAUCCCAGACAAUGCUUGGACAUGUAGGACUGAAUAAGGCCAGCUGGAAGGGGCUGCAGAGAGAGCAGUCCAGCAGCGAGGAUGCCGAUGCCGCAUUUGAGUUGAACUCAAAGUUAUUACCUCAGGAAAACCGGUUAUCAUAACCCCUGAACCAGUGGGACAGACUGCCUCCUGGAGGUUUUUAGUAAUGUGAAACGGGGUCUUGAGGUGAGAGAACUUACUCUUGACUGCCAAGGUUUCCAAGUGAAUGAUGCCAGCAUUAUUUAUUUCCAAGAUUUCCUAAGUUGGAUCAUUUGAACCCACUUUUUAAUUAUAAGACCUGAACAUACAGCAAUAUGCUUUUGGCUUUUGUGUGAAACCUUGAAUAUGCAAAGCCCAGCAGGAGAACCCGAAAAGAGUAAAAAAAGAAGUUUCUCAGUGUGCCACGCAUUUUUCAAAGCAUUUAUUCUUCAAACAUGAAACUUGAACUGAAUCUUUCAGCAGCAAUCUCUUGGAAUUCAACCAGUCUGAUGCAACAUUGUGUAUCUGUACCUUCCACUAAGUUCUCUCUGAGAAAAAGGAAAUGUGAAGUGCCCAGCCUCUGCUGCCUCUGGCAAGACUCAGUGUUUACAAAUCAACUCUGAAAAUAUUGGUUCUAAAUUGCUUUGGAGCAUGAUUGUGAAGGAACCACUAAAAAAAAAAAAAAAAUUUAAAGAUCAAACUUUAGACUGCAGCUCUUCCCCCUGUUUGCCUUUUUUCUACUUUGGAUGCCACCAAAGCCUCCUGUUUGCUGUAUUUUAUUUCGUGCACUGGAAGCUGAGCAUUUAUUCCAGUGCAUUUAUCAUAGAGUACCGCCAAGCUUCUACUCCAGUGCUGUUUGGCAAUGCAUUUUUUUUUAGCUCUUAGUUUUUAAUUUGGGGUGGGAGGGGAGGAACGCCAAUGUCCUAGCUGUGUUAUGAUUCUGCAGUGAAGACAUUGCAUGUUGUUUUCACUACUGUACACUUGACCUGCACAUGCAAGAAAAAGGUGGAAUGUUUAAAACACCAUAAUCAGCUCAGGGUAUUUGCCAAUCUGAAAUAAAGUGGGAUGGGGAAGUGUGUCCUUCAGAUCCAGGGUACUAAAGUCCCUUUCGCUGCAGUGAGUGAGAGGCAAAUCUUCUUGAGAAGCCAAAUUAUGAACAGCCGGUUCACUUGGUGAGCAUGGAUUCUGAGCAAGGGAAGCAAGUUGCCUCAUGCCUCCAUCUCCUUAUGGAGAUAGUCCUGCUGAUAUUCAUGUUUGUGGACCAGGGUACCCUCUUCCCCUGGAAGAUGCUAGAGAUUCUCUGCCAGUAGUUACUUCUCCACAUUAGCUUCUGAUUGGCAACUCCAUUAGAUGYCAUUGCCUUCAACAUUGUUUCAGUUGAGCUUACCUAGGCUCCGUUCUACCUGUGUGUGCUUACUUCUGCUCUGAUCAGUUGUUUGUCUUAUAGUUUAAUACUCAAAAGAUUAGCUUACAGUUUCCACAUUCUCAGGGGGACACCUUGGUGUUGCUUCCAUUUUCCUAUCAGUGUAAUAAAUCCAUUCAAAAGUCAUGUUUUGUUAUGUAUAUGUGGGAAACACCUUUUAUAGCCCUGCUUUUUAAAUGGAGCAUAUGUUCCUUGAACAUUGAAUUUUGUAGAAAAUUUUGAGGAUACAAAUAUUGAGAUCACAUUUUUUAAAAAUAAGCAAAUAUGGAACAAUGUARAGUCCACAUGAAUUUUUAAGAUAAAAUAGGAGACUUUAAAGAAUUGUUAAGCAUGUAACAGCCCUUUCAGGCUCUUGGCCUAAUACUUCACUGGUGAGGGAAUCUAUUCUUUAUGGAUUAAGGUCCUUGGAAAGCAAAUCUUGACAAGUCCCAGCUUAAUGACAAAAAUUGGUUCCUGAUCAAUAUUUGUACUCACUGUAAAUGUGAUGGUUUGUAAUGACCCUCUUUGUAUAAAUAGUAACAAUUACAUUUUAUGUCCUUUGCAAACACGGGAAAUAUCCUUGUACCUGGUGUACAGGUUAGAGGUGCUAGUAACYCCUUCAAGAUUCCAAAAAGGGU